CCGCGGCCGCAGCGCGGGAGGGCCUCAGCCGGCUCGGGCCGGCUCCAAGCACACGCGUCCCCGGCAGCCCCUCGGAGCUCUCCGCCCCUCCGCGUCCGAGGAACUGCUGGUCGCGAGGGAAAUGCCUGCAGCCCCAGGAUUUAGCGGGCGGUGCGCAGUUGAACGGGCCUGCCCAGCUGCUGGUGGCGGACCCCCCCAAAUCCUGGCAGAAGCGGUUUUGAUUUCACUUUCGCCACCUUUCACUUUUUGCCCUCCAUAGACAAGCAAUGGAGACCUCACCUAGUACAAAGUGCAGGAGAUUAAGCGGGUUCUGCUGGAGACUUACAUUUGGCCUCAAUGUGAAAUUAAAGUAGAAAAUCACAUCUACAUGUAUGUUGCUAUCAGGAUGUUGAUUCAUUGGUCAUGCCUGAAGAGGGAAAUUCAGUUCUAGAUGGCUGACUGCCAGCAAAAAUAAAUGCUUACCCUAGAUGUCAAGCAUCUCUCCUUUUUACUGGAGUGAAAAUCCCCUCCAGAUACCAACAGAACAUCACUGCAGAAAAUGCUCCGCAUUUUAAGGAUGUCAGCAACCUAAAUUCAUGCGCCCUAUCUGUACAGUUGUUGUGGAUGGUUUACCAUCUGAAAGCUCCUCAAGCUCUUAUCCAGGCCCUGUAUCUGUCUCUGAAAUGUCUCUGCUUCAUGCUUUGGGUCCAGUGCAGACCUGGCUGGGACAAGAGCUAGAGAAAUGUGGCAUUGAUGCCAUGAUUUAUACUCGAUACGUCCUCAGUCUUCUGCUGCAUGACAGCUAUGACUACGACCUGCAGGAACAGGAGAAUGACAUCUUCCUGGGCUGGGAAAAAGGAGCUUAUAAGAAAUGGGGAAAGAGUAAGAAAAAGUGCUCAGAUCUAACUCUAGAAGAAAUGAAAAAACAGGCUGCUGUCCAGUGUCUUCGAUCUGCUUCUGAUGAAAGCUCUGGUAUCGAGACUUUAGUGGAGGAGCUCUGCUCCAGGCUGAAGGACCUGCAGAGCCAGCAAGAAGAGAAGAUUCACAAAAAGUUAGAGGGGUCUCCCUCUCCAGAGGCAGAAUUAUCCCCUACAGCAAAGGAUCAAGUGGAAAUGUACUAUGAAGCAUUUCCACCACUUUCUGAGAAACCAGUUUGCCUGCAAGAAAUCCUGACUGUGUGGAACAAGUCUGCAGUCUGUUCUUACCCUAGCUCUUCUUCAUCGUCCACAGCCCCACCAGCUAGCACAGACACGUCCUCCCCGAAGGACUGCAACAGCGAAGGUGAGCUCAUCAAGGAGAGAAGCAGCGACAUGCCCACCACCGUGCACGAGAAAACCCAGAGCAAGAGUCAAAACGAGAAGGAGAACAAAUUUAGGAAUGGCACAGGUGAAGAAAGGCCGGCUUUGUACAAAAAGCAAAUCCGACAUAAGCCUGAAGGAAAGAUGCGCCCUCGCUCCUGGUCUUCCGGCUCCAGCGAAGGAGGCUCGAGCUCAAGUGGUAAUCAGGGAGAGUUAAAAGCAUCCAUGAAGUGUGUGAAAGUGAGACACAAGGCACGAGAAAUCCGAAACAGAAAAGGGCGGAAUGGGCAGAGCAGGCUUUCACUGAAGCAUGGCGAAAAGGCGGAAAGAAGCAUGCAUGCCGGAAGCAGCAGCAGCAGCAGUGGUUCCAUCAAACAGCUGUGCAAGCGGGGUAAAAGGCCGCUGAAGGAGAUGGGCAGGAAAGACGCCGGGAGCACUGAAGGAAGAGACCUGCACCUGGAGAGCAGAACCGACAGAGAGUACAAAGAGGAGCCGUUGUGGUAUACCGAACCGAUUGCUGAGUAUUUUGUUCCUUUGAGCAGAAAAAGUAAACUAGAGACCACAUACCGAAACAGGCAAGAUACAAGCGAUCUGACCUCAGAAGCAGUAGAAGAAUUGUCUGAAUCAGUGCAUGGUCUUUGUAUCAGCAACAAUAAUAUUCAUAAAACAUACCUCGCAGCAGGUACUUUCAUUGAUGGUCAUUUUGUAGAAAUGCCUGCAGUUAUAAAUGAGGACAUUGACCUCACUGGGACCUCAUUCUGUUCUCUGCCGGAGGACAACAAAUACUUGGAUGAUAUUCAUCUAUCAGAAUUAACGCACUUCUAUGAAGUGGAUAUUGACCAAUCCAUGUUGGAUCCUGGUGCCUCAGAAACAAUGCAAGGAGAAAGUCGGAUUUUGAAUAUGAUUCGACAAAAAAGCAAAGAGAAAACAGAUUUUGAGGCAGAAUGUUGCAUAGUGUUAGAUGGAAUGGAGUUGCAAGGGGAGCGUGCAAUAUGGACAGAUUCUGCCAGCUCUGUGGGCGCUGAGGGCUUAUUCCCGCAAGACCUUGGCCGUCUGGCUCAGUUCUGGGAGUGUUGUUCAUCCAGCUCUGGCGAUGCCGACGGAGAGAGUUUUGGAGGAGAUUCUCCAAUUAGACUCUCCCCGAUCUUAGACAGCACAGUGCUCAAUCCGCAUUUGCUUGCUGGCAAUCAAGAGCUCUUCUCAGAUAUUAAUGAAGGAUCUGGUAUAAACUCUUGUUUUUCAGUGUUUGAAGUGCAAUGCAGUAAUUCUGUUUUACCAUUUUCUUUUGAAACACUCAACUUGGGAAAUGAAAAUACAGAUUCUAGUGCUAAUGUGCUUGGAAAAACACAGUCUAGAUUACUAAUAUGGACCAAAAAUAGUGCCUUUGAAGAAAAUGAACACUGUUCUAAUCUUUCAACAAGAACUUGUAGUCCAUGGUCCCAUUCAGAAGAAACACGUUCAGACAAUGAGACAUUAAACAUUCAGUUUGAAGAAUCCACACAGUUUAAUGCAGACGAUAUGAAUUAUGUAGUUCCUAGAGUCUCGUCAAAUUAUGUAGAUGAAGAACUUCUAGAUUUUUUGCAAGAUGAAACUUGCCAGCAAAACAGUAGAACUUUAGGAGAAAUUCCGACAUUAGUUUUCCAAAAAAAAUCUAAACUAGAAUCUGUCUGUGGUAUUCAGCUAGAACAAAAAACAGAAAACAAAACCUUUGAAACUACGCAAGUAUGUAGUGAAAGCAGCCCACGUGGAGAUGGCUACAGCUCAGGGGUUAUUAAAGACAUUUGGACAAAGAUGGCAGAUAGAAAUUCUGUAGCUGUGGUGGAAGUAGAAAGGAUUGAUGAUGAGUUGUUUUCGACAGAUGUAAAUAACUGCUGCUGCUGUUUGGACGCUGAAGCUAAAAUGGAGCCCCUCCAGGAGCCUAAUAAGGCUGUGCAGAGAUCCGAAUAUCGUCUGUGGGAGGGACAGAAAGAGAACCCAGAGAAAAGAGCUUUUGUUUCUGGUGAGCUAUCAAAGGUGGAUGGUGGUGAUUACACUACCCCCUCUAAACCUUGGGAUGUGGCCCAAGAUAAAGAGAACUCAUUCAUUCUCGGAGGAGUUUAUGGAGAGCUCAAAACCUUUAAUAGCGAUGGGGAAUGGGCAGUAGUACCACCCAGUCACACAAAAGGAAGUUUGUUACAGUGUGCAGCUUCUGACGUGGUGACAAUAGCUGGUACAGAUGUCUUUAUGACCCCAGGAAACAGUUUUGCUCCUGGUCACAGGCAGUUAUGGAAACCCUUCGUAUCAUUUGAACAGAAUGACCAGCCGAAGAGCGGGGAAAAUGGAUUGAAUAAGGGGUUUUCUUUUAUCUUCCAUGAAGACUUAUUAGGAGCUUGUGGUAACUUUCAAGUUGAAGAUCCUGGACUUGAAUAUUCAUUCUCUUCCUUUGACUUAAGCAAUCCAUUUUCACAAGUUCUUCAUGUAGAAUGUUCAUUUGAACCCGAAGGGAUUGCAUCUUUCAGUCCUAGUUUUAAACCGAAAUCAAUCCUCUGCUCUGAUUCAGACAGUGAAGUUCUCCACCCCAGGAUAUGUGGCGUUGACAGAACACAAUACAGGGCUAUUCGGAUCUCUCCUAGGACUCACUUUCGCCCUAUUUCUGCAUCUGAACUGUCCCCAGGAGGAGGAAGUGAGUCAGAAUUUGAAUCUGAAAAAGAUGAAGCAAAUAUCCCUAUUCCUUCUCAAGUUGAUGCAUUUGAAGAUCCACAGGCAGAUCUCAAACCACUGGAAGAAGAUGCAGAGAAGGAAGGCCAUUACUAUGGAAAAUCAGAGCUUGAGUCUGGAAAAUUCCUUCCCAGGUUAAAAAAAUCUGGAAUGGAAAAGAGUGCUCAAACAUCACUGGAUUCCCAGGAGGAAUCAGCUGGGAUUCUGCCAGUAGGAAAGCAGAAUCAGUGUUUGGAAUGUAGCCUGAAUGAGUCUCUGGAAAUCGAUUUAGAAAGCUCAGAAGCAAAUUGUAAAAUAAUGGCACAAUGUGAAGAAGAAAUUAAUAAUUUUUGCAGUUGCAAAGCAGGUUGUCAGUUCCCUGCUUAUGAAGAUAAUCCAGUUUCUUCAGGACAGCUGGAAGAGUUUCCUGUAUUGAACACUGAUGUACAAGGAAUAAAUAGAAGUCAAGAAAAACAGACCUGGUGGGAAAAAGCCUUGUACUCUCCUCUUUUUCCUGCCUCAGAAUGUGAAGAAUGUUAUACAAAUGCCAAGGGAGAGAAUGGUAUAGAAGAAUAUCCAGAUGUUAAAGAAAUGCCCAGUAAUGAAGAGCGUCUGUUAGAUUUUAAUAGGGUGUCUUCUGUUUAUGAAGCAAGGUGCACAGGAGAGAGAAAUUCUGGAGCAAAAUCAAACGGCUUCCGCAGAAAGAUGUACUCCAGUGCCAGCUCCGCCUCGGAGGACACGGGCUCGGAAGAGUUGAGGACAGCUAUCCUGUUGAAGAUUUUUUUUUUUCAAGCUGUUAAAUUCUUGGCUAUUUGAAAUAGACUAGAUGUGUUGUCCUACCAAGAAUGGGUGUGCAUGUGCUCGUCUUAGAAGCAUCACUGCCUGUUGCACCUUCACUGCAGCGCCUUCCUCCCAGCUGCAGUCACAUCACUGUCACCUUACUAGCGUCGCAGUGUCAGCAACCACCUCCGCUAUCCAGAGACUUUAGCUUUGGAACAUUUAGGCUUUGUCCUCUAAGAACUGGGAUAUGAAUACUUACCCUGCGGUGGAUCAGUGCCUUUCUGAAGGCAAGAGGGCAGCACGGGUGACUCAUCCCCGGUCUUCAUUCAGUAAAAUCUCAUGUACAUUUAAAGUAGGAACCACAAGGGUGUGCUUUUAGAGACUUACAAAAUACUGUGUUUUCUCUCUUAGGAUUUUCCCCCUAGAGUAUCAUGGACAAUACCAUGGUUUGUGACUUUCUUGCCACCUGAGGCAGCCAAGGCUUUGAGGUACGGGGUAGCGUUUGAGGCCAAGCGGGGUGAGAGCGCACCCCCGACCUGCUCUUAACGCUGCAGUUACAUUUCCCCCAGGCACCGCUCAGGGUUAUUUGCAGUGAGUCUUACAGUACUCGAUGAGGACCUUAGUUGCAGAUGAGAUUUUUCUGGUGACCGAUACUGAAUCGAAGCCCCCAGAACUUGAGACUGUAAACGUUUGGCACGCAAUAAAGGCCAUCCCAGCUCCCCAAAGAGACCUUGGCUGCUACAGCUGGCUGCUCUUGUGGCUGUGACUUAGUAUAGCUUAGAUCUCAUUUUGUGUUUGAGAGAAUGUUCUGGGCAAGUUCUGUGUGUGGCGGGUCGGAGGGUAGAGUACUGAUUUCCCCCAUACCUGUGUGAUUGCUUCAUGGGACCCGCUUUCCCGUGUCACUUGGGAACCCAGGGGUCAGUCCCUCUCAUCCAGUCCCGUCCAUUCGUGACGGUCGCUUCCUUGAGCUUUCACGCUGCCAUGCAACAGGUUGAAGUUAGAAGGAGCAACAUUUGCAAAACCUAAAGGUUUAAAAUUGUUUUUCUUUUUUAACCAACUCAUUGUUUUUUUUAAAAAAAAAACAAUGUAUGACAUCAAUUUAGCAUGUCUAACAUCAGGAAGUCUAAUAUGGGUGAGACACCUUCACCACUAUUUUGGCAGGCAGUAAACACAUAAUUUACUAGCUGGGAGCUGAACUGGCUGAGAAAUACAUGAUUUGCUUCGA